AUGGUCAACUCCUGCUGUGGCUCUGUCUGCUCUGAGGAGAGCUGUGGCCAAGGCUGCUGCCAGCCCAGCUGCUGCCAGUCCAGCUGCUGCCAGCCCAGCUGCUGCAGGCCCACCUGUUGUGUGUCCAGCUGCUGCCGCCCCAGCUGCUGCAUCUCCAGCUGCUGCCGCCCCUGCUGUAGCAGUUCCAGCUGUUGUGGAUCCAGCUGCUGCCGUCCCUGUUGCCGUCCCAGCUGCUGUGUGUCCAGCUGCUGCCGCCCCAGCUGCUGUGUGUCCAGCUGCUGCCGCCCCAGCUGCUGUGUGUCCAGCUGCUGCCGCCCCUGUUGCCGCCCCAGCUGCUGCGUUUCUAGCUGCUGCAGGCCUUCCUGCUGCCGCCCCAGCUGCUGCAUUUCUAGCUGCUGCAGACCCUGUUGCCGCCCCAGCUGCUGUGUGUCCAGCUGCUGCCGCCCCUGCUGUGGCAGUUCCAGCUGUUGUGGAUCAAGUUGUUGUCGCCCCAGCUGCUGCAUUUCUAGCUGCUGCAGGCCUUCCUGCUGCCGCCCCAGCUGCUGCAGGCCUCAGUGCUGCAUUUCUAGCUGCUGCUGCCCCACCUGUUGCCAGACCCCCUGCUGCCGCCCAGCAUGCUCUAGCAGUUCUUGCUGCUGA